GAUCAAUAACACUUGAUAAAAAGCCACAAUUAAGAAAUUGUUAAAUAGUUUCAAGAAUAUUGUUUUGAAUGUUGUGUGCAAUUUGUUUACUAAUAAACGUGUUUUAAAAUUAAGUAUUGCGUUUUUAAAAAAUUGCUGAUAGAAAGACACCAAAAACAAAAAUGGAAGUACCUGCACCCGAAAUUUUGAAAAAACCAUUAGUAGUGCCGCACAAAAUAUUAAUGGGUGCUGGUCCGGCCACCAUAUCACCCAGAAUUCUACACGCCAUGUCCAAUCCUGUACUCGGCCACAUGAAUCAAGAAUUAUUUCAAAUAAUGGACGAAAUCAAAGAAGGCAUCAAGUACGUAUUUCAAACCAAAAACGAACUAACUCUAGCUAUAAGCGCCAGUGCUCAUUCAGGCAUGGAAGCAGUUAUGAGCAACCUGUUGGAACCACACGAUAAGGUGCUAAUCGCUGUUAACGGCUUGUGGGGAUCGAGAGCUGCAAACAUGGCCGAAAGAUAUGGUGCUAGUGCUGUCAAAAUCGUCACAUCUCUAGGCGAUAAUUUUGGUUUUGAAGAAAUAGAAGAUGCUUUGAGAAAGGAACGUCCAAAGUUACUAUUUAUAGUUCAAGGAGAAACAUCUACUGGUGUCUACCAACCCUUAGAAGGACUGGGAGAUAUUUGUCAUAAGUACAAUUGUUUGUUGGCUGUAGACGUGGUUGCUUCUGUGGGUGCGGUACCAUUUUUAAUGGACAAAUGGGGAGUGGAUGCAGCUUAUGCUGGCGUACAAAAAGCCCUUGGUGGCCCUCCAGGAGUGACUAUAAUUUCUUUCAGUUCUAGUGCACAAAAAGAAAUUUUUAGAAGGGCUACGCAAAGCAAAGUGUACUACUGGGAUAUGAAGAUUUUGGGACAACAGUGGAAUUGUUACAAUAAUGUCAGACCAUAUCAUCAUACAACAUGUUCAACGUUACUGGUAGCUCUUAGGGAAAGUUUAGCUAUAAUAGCAGAAGAAGGCUUGGAAAACUGGCAGAAAAAACACGAACAAGGUUAUCGGAGACUCAAGGAAGGGCUCGAACGUUUAGGAUUCGAAUUUUUCGUUAAGGACGAAAAUAAGAGGCUUAUAACUGUAACGUCGGUUACUGUGAAGGAUUUCGAUUGGAUGGAGUUGGUAAAUUAUGCUAUGAAAAGGCACAACGUAGAAAUAGCAGGAGGAUUGGGACCCACGGCCGGAAACAUAUUAAGAAUCGGAGUUAUGGGCUUCAACUGCACUCCACAGACGAUCGAUCGCGUUUUAGACGUGUUAGAAGAAGCAUUAAAACAUGCGAAAACCAAAAAAGCAAAAUUAUAAAUAAAUAUUCUGAAAUAUAAUAAUUAUUGUUGAGAAUUAAUUAAUAAUAAAUUUUAUAAAAAAAAUAUUUCCGAAAAAUAUGACUUACUUAUUCUUUUUUUUUAUCACAUCGGCAGUACCUAAUCCUAAGAAAAUUAAAAAAAUUACCCAAAAAAACUCAUACAAAGCUAAUUAUUUAUUGGCCACUUCACUCCCAACAACUUACAAUAUCAUUUAAAAACUGUAAAAAAGCUAAAGGAACACUCGACUUAUAAUAUAUUCAUAAUCUGCUUCACGCAAUUCAUCCUUCGGAUCUCCGCUUCGUUUUGACUGGAGAACGAGUGCAACUGCAUGGCGGACAAAAACUCAGCGUUUUCUUGCACUUUAGUCUUGACCAUAGCCAAAUGGACAGUGGACGAGGAUAUGAGGGUACCCAGCGCGACGUACGCCCUAAAUUGUGGUUCGCAUUCCGUUAGUUUGGUAAUCAAAUCGGGUAGUACUUGCGCUAGUACGGUUAUACCUAUUUCGUCAUUGUUUUUGAUAGUGAGGAUCGUUAGGUUGAGCAGGCAGGUUGCUAAGGCUACCUAAAAAUAAUUAUCUU